AUGAACAAGAACAACGCACGUAUUUUCAACGUGAUCUACGGCGUCGUCGCGCCCGAAGAUAUCAAGUUCAAGGACUUCGAGAAGGCCAUGAACAACCUCGGCGCGCGCAAGAGUGCCAGCGGAGGCUCUCUUCGCUCAUUCACGGCACCGUGCUGGAAGGGAACCGUGCACGUACAUCAGCCCCACCCGCAUGACCACCACACGAAGAAGAACACUGGGAGGCUCAAGGCUCAGUUGGAGUCCAGCGGAUUCACCCACCGGGUCAUUCGCCGUGAGACCCGCAAGGCGGGCUCGAUCAUCCAUCCCCUUUUCGUCGUACUUAAGAAGUACGACGAAAAGGGGAUGGAUGAUCGAGCCUAUGGCGGCCUGUACUCGCAUCUUCGAUCUGUCAGUGAUCUAAGUACCAGUGGUCAUUCGAAGAAUAUGAACAUCUCGCGAUCAACUGGCGCUUCCAAGAUCGACCACGGUCAGAAUUACCCGCGUUUAGCGAUACGUCACUGGCGAUACGCCUCCUCCUCCUCCUCCUCCUCCUCCUCCUCCUCCUCCUCCUCCUCCUCCUCCUCCUCCCUCCCAAUGGGCCUUCUUGCCAGCCAAACGCGCGCCGUUGUCGAAAGCAGUGAUGUUUUCAUCAGCGAAACCCUCCGCCGCGGGUCUGCUGUCGACGUAGGAGAAACAUACCGCCAAGUCAACCUUUUGGUGUUCCAACUCGAUGAUGCCACCAAAUACGUGUUCUUUGUCCGCGAGAUGCUCGAUGGCAGCAAGGUUGAGCCACCCGAGCUGGCGGCGCUAUUCACGUUUCCAAACGAAAAGAUCAACAUUGUUAUCUAUGAGGUCAAGGAGGAAGCCGAGAUGGCGGAGGUGCGCCGGGGGGCGAAGGGACGCGGGGAGGCCAGGGAGCGGGACGGGGGAGGAGAGGAGGUCGCGUUGAGCACGAUCACUAUGAGCAGCAAAAUGGAUGGCUUCCGACUUGUCGUGCUCGAGGACGAGGCCAGCGUGGGUCAGGAGUGUGGUGAGGGAAUUGUAAAGCGGUGCUAUCAGUUCGAGGUUGCAGGGGAUAGAGGGAGAAGCGACCAUGAGUCCGCCGUCGUCUACGUAGAAGUGGAAGUAGGGUCAUGCGGGUGA